AUGGCAAUUGAAUGCUAUGACAAAUCUAUUGCUAUUAAUCCAAACGAGGAUAGUGCAUGGCACAACAAGGGAUCGGCAUUAUGCGAUUUGAAUAAAUAUCAAGAAGCAAUUGAAUGUUACGAAAAAGCUAUUGCUAUUAAUCCCAAAUAUGAUAGUGCAUGGCAUAACAAGGGAUGGGCGUUAUGCUAUUUAAAUAAAUUUUAAGAAGCUAUUGAAUGCAACAAUAAGGCUAUUGCUAUUAAUCCAAAAUAUGAUAGUGCAUGGCAAAACAAGGGAUCGGCAUUACACAAAUUGAAUAAAUAUCAAGAAGCAAUUAAAUGUUACGACAAAGCUAUUGCUAUAAAUCCAAAAUAUGAUAGUGCAUGGCAUAGCAAGGGAUAGGCAUUAGAGGAUUAGAAUAAAUAUCAAGAAGCAAUUGAAUGCUACGACAAGGCUAUUGCUAUUAAUUCAAAAUAUGAUUGUGCAUGGCAUAGCAAGGGAUAGGCAUUAUACAAUUUGAAUUAAUAUCAAAAAGCAAUUCAAUGUUACGAAAAAGCUAUUGUUAUAAAUCCGAAAUAUGAUAGUGCAUGGCAUAACAAGGGAUCUGCAUUAUGCAAUUUAAAUAAUUAUCAAGAAGCAAUUAAAUGUUACGACAAAGCUAUUGCUAUAAAUCCAAAAUAUGAUAGUGCAUGGCAUAACAAGGGAUGGGCAUUAUACAAGUUGAAUAAAUAUCAAGAAGCAAUUAAAUGUUACGACAAAGCUAUUUAUAUGAAUCCAAAAUAUGAUAGUGCAUGGCAUAAAAUGGGUAUUAGAAAUCAUUAUUUAGGGUGGGCAUUAGAGAAUUUGAAUAAAUACUAAGAAGCCAAUGAAUGUUAUGACAAAGCUAUUGCUAUUAAUCCAAAAUAUGAUAGUUCAUAAUUCAACAAGGGUUAGGCAUUAGAGGAUUUAAUUAAAGAUCAAGGAGCAAUUUAAUCUUAUGACAAAGCUACUGCUAUUAAUCCCAAAUAUGAUAGUUCAAGUUAAAGCAAUGGAUUUUGUAUACAGGAUUUGAAUAAAUAGCUAGAAGAAAUUGAAUGCUACAUCAAAGCUAUUGCUAUUAAUCCAAAGUAUGAUAGUACAUGGCAUAACAAGGGAUCAGAGUUACACAAGUUGAAUAAAUAUCAAGAAGCAAUUGAAUGCUACAACAAAGCUAUUUCUUUUAAUCCAAACUAGGAUAGUACGUGGUAUCACACAGGAUCUGCAUUAUGCAACUUGAAUAAAUAUCAAGAAGCAAUUCAAUGUUACGACAAAGCUAUUUCUAUCAAUCACAAACUUAAUGAAGCAUAGAAUAACAAGGGAUUGGCAUUAUACAACUUGAAUAAAUAUCAAGAAGCAAUUGAAUGUUUCAACAAAGCUAUUGCUAUUAAUCCAAAAUAUGAUAUUGCAUGGUAUAACAAGGGAUCUGCAUUAUGCAAUUUAACUAAAUAUCAACAAGCAAUUGAAUGUUACGACAAAGCUAUUGCUAUUAAUCCAAAAUAUGCUAGUGCAUGGAAUAACAAAGGAUUGGCAUUAGAUGAUUAGAAUAAAUAUCAAGAAGCAAUUGAAUGUUACGACAAAGCUAUGGCUGUUAACCCAAAAUAUGAUGGUGCAUGGCAUAACAAGGGAUUUGCAUUACACAAAUUGAAUAAAUUUUCAGAAGCUAUUGAAUGUUAUGUCAAAGCUAUUGCUAUUAAUCCAAAAGAUGAUAGUUCAUGGAAUAACUAGGGUAAAUAACUUUAUUAUUCAGGUUUGGCUCUACACAAAUUAUAGAAAUUUAAGGAUGCAAUAUCAUGUUUUGAUCAAGCCCUUAAUUUGAAAAUUACUCCUUAACGAUUAAAAAAUAAGGCUGAUUCAUUAUUUGAAUUUGGAAAUAAAUCAAAGGCUAAGCAAUUCUAUUUAGAUGCAUUAGAAAAAGGAUCAAAUUAAAAGACUUAUAUAUUGAACUAACUAUCAAAAUUAUGA